AUGCGCCGCCACGACUACUGUGGAGGGGGGAGCCGCAGCUGGGAGGAAAGGACCCACCACCUGCUGCUCUCCGACGAGUGGCGCGUCCGCUCCUUCCAGUCCGCGGCGGCACCGCCGCCGGAGGUCCUUCUCCCCGUCAUCGCCGGCGAGAAGCUCCACACCCUCAACUACGUCGUCUCCAUCGAGCUGGGCUCGCAGAAGACGACCCUCAUCGUGGACACCGGCAGCGACCUCACCUGGGUGCAAUGCCGCCCCUGCAACUUCUGCUACAACCAGCGGGAUCCCCUCUUCGACCCCUCCUCCUCCGCCACCUACCGCCCCGUCCCAUGCAGCGGUGCCGCCUGCGGGGCCCUCCAGCUCGCCGCAGGCAACCAGCGAAGCUGCACCGCCGGGCAGGGGGCCUGCCGGUACGCCGUUACCUACGGCGACGGGUCCUACACGCGCGGGGAGCUCGCGAAGGAGAGGAUUUCCCUCGGCGGCGCCGCCGCCGCGGUGGAGGGCUUCGUCUUCGGCUGCGGGAGGAGCAACCGGGGGCUCUUCGGCGGCGCCGCCGGCCUGAUGGGGCUCGGCCGGAGCGAGCUCUCUCUGGUCCGCCAGUCCGUCCCCCAGUUCCACGGCCUCUUCUCCUACUGCCUCCCCGCCGGCGACUUCGACUCCGCCGGCUCCCUGGUCCUCGGCGGCGACCCCACCGCCGCCUACCGGAACUCCUCGCCGGUGGCCUUCACCCCGCUCCUCUCCGACCCCCAUCAGAGCCCCUUCUACCUGGUAAACUUCACCGGCGCCGCCGUCGGCGGCGUGCGGCUCCAGUUCAACGCGGUCAAGGUUCUGGUGGACUCCGGCACGGUGAUCACACGGCUGGUGCCCUCCAUCUACGCGGCUGUGAGGGAGGAGUUUCUCCGGCAGUUCUCCGGCUACCCGGCGGCGCCGCCGUUCUCCAUCCUCGACACCUGCUUCGACCUCUCCGGCCACGACGAGGUGGCGGUGCCGAAGAUGAAGCUGGAGUUUGAAGGUGGGGCGGCGGCGGCGGUGGACGUGAGCGGGAUCUUCUACUUCGCCAAGAGGGACGCCUCGCAGGUCUGCUUGGCCCUCGCCAGCUUGUCCCAUGAAGACCAGCUGGGGAUCAUCGGAAACUACCAGCAGAAGAAUCUGAGGGUGGUCUACGAUACCGAGGGGGGCAGGUUAGGGUUUGCAGAGGAGAUCUGCGCGUAUGGGUAG